GAAGUGCUUAGUGAUAUCAAACCGUUCUGCCCAGAAAGACAGGCAGAAUAACACAACAUAGUGUAGUGCUUGGGUUUUAGAAGAAGAUGAGAAUUUGUUCGGAAAAAGAAGAAGCCGUAGAGCCAUUUUUUGGUGGCUUCAACUCUGACGAAGUUUUUGGGAGUUUUGGGAUAUAAAGUGUAGUAAAACUUAGUGAGGAAAAUAAAUUAUGAUCGUAUUUUGUUGGUGAUAACAUAUGGAAAAGCUGAUCGUGCCCGCUGACUGAUCAUCGACCAUCAUCGCCGUGAAACCGCUCACGACACACGGGAUGAUCGCGCUUGUUUUUGGCGCCCGUUGAUGACCGUCACGAUCAAAACACACGCAAACAACCACAGUCAAUCAAUGUCAUCGCGCAAUGAUCGUGGUCACCACAACGACGACGGUGAGUGAGAGUGAAUUUUUCGUGACAUUCGGUGCUUUGACUCGACAGAGGAAGGUUGCAACUAGCGGGGAACGACGUGUGUGAUCAGUUUUUGUGGUAAAAGUUGGAGGAGCAACACAAAAAAGGUUCUAGUUGGAGAAAAACAGUGGCUUGUGGGAGACGACUUUCAAGAGGGCGCACGUUGGGCAAGGGCAUCGAUCGAGCUGGGUAGAAUCGACGGAAGGGGCGUUCCGAACCGGAGAGGGAUCGAGUUGGAACUCCAGAAAAGCAUGGCCUCCUGGCGACACGCAUCGUCCGAUCAAGCGACUGUUUACGCCGGAAAUCAAACGAAUGCUCAAGGACUGGCUGGUGAGACGACGUGAGAACCCGUACCCGAACCGGGAGGAGAAGAAACAGUUGGCGUGCGAGACAGGACUAACAUACACGCAAAUCUGCAACUGGUUCGCCAACUGGCGCCGGAAGCUGAAAAACUCCGGCCACGAUCCGGUAAAGAAAACGUGGGGCAAUCUGAUCAAGAACUACAACGAUAACGCUAAAGGCAACGUUGAACAGUUUAGCAUUUGCUCUAGCGACAGCAUCUGGGGCGAGUACGUUGAGAUGGGAGACGAUUCGCAGGGAUCCUGCAGUCCGCCGCAGAAAACUGUCAAGCAGCAGCAUUACGCUCCGUACUGCUCCAACAAUAACAACAACAACAGUGGUUUCGUGAACUACAUGAAGUUUGUAGAGAGAAGAGCGAGCGAUUCGUCUGAUGACGAUCGACCCGACAACAUGUACAUUGAUCACUGCUACACACCGAAGAACUUCAACUCGGUGUUUGGUUUGCCAACGCAAGCCCAGUGCUUUCAGAUAACCUCCACCACCGGUGAGUGUACUCCCGUCGACUUCAACGCCAACACCAGCUCCAUCAUCGAGGCCAGCUUCCCGAACGCGUACCGCGCGGAGAACGGAACCUACUACCUUACACCCAGCACCACGGUUUCCCCAGCGGUAAACUAUCGGAGCACCAACAAGUACAAGAGCAGCAUCAUGGAAAAGUACCUGCGCGACCUGGAGGUUGACCCGUCGGAACCAGAGCCCACUGCCAGCUUGGCCGUAAUCCACGCCACUCCGGCGAAUCCCUUUCAGCAAGCGACGCAAGGCCCCUCGGGGCUGAGCUGUGAACUCCGUGGUCCACCGUCGCUGUCCAAAUGGCUCGAAAGCACCGCCAAGUUUACGCCCUCCAAAAACAACUACAUCGACUGGGAUCAACCAGGCAAACCGUCCCCCUCCUCCUCCUGCUCCAAGAAACGCUGCGACUCCAACUCCUCCGGCCAUCAUCAGUCGGUGCACUUUGGCGGUCCCGCGACGACGACGACAACCACAAUGCCACCACAGUCACCCCAAAGCAACCCCGAGUACGGAACAAUUCACCAGAAGGACGAGAUCGAUGCGGCGGAAGCGCUGACGCGGCUUGCCAACAACUUCAGGAUGAAAUUCUACACUUGACACUGCUCAAAGCUGCUGUAAUUAGGAAGCAUUCCUGAAUGUGUAGACAAUUGUUAGGAUGUAGUGUUAGCUUGAUUCUGUUUUUGUUUAGAGCAGCACUAGUUUACUGCCCAUGUUCGCAUAAAUGUCCCAUAUGCAAAAACAGCAAGCUGAGAAAAACGCAAGGCAAGUUUGUCCCACACAUAAGGCUACGUGUUAAGUUUUAACGAAAAAACUGGAUUUCCUCCUGAUUUCUAGAACAAAGUACUGGAUGUUAUAUGCUCUUCUGAAAGAGCACACGAUUUUGAACCAAACUGCAUCAAUAACUCAAAAAUGAUGAUAAUGCAUAUGGGACAUUUAUGCGAUCACGGGCAGUUUAGGUGUGACUGAAGCAUUAGAUUUAGUUUUGAAUAGACAAAGGGCUUAACCGAUCAAUGACGAACGUAGAGGCAACGGCUGACAUACAUAGAUCAAAGAUUUAGUUGUUUUUAAAAGACGAAAAAACUGUAGUCGCUGGAUGUACUAGGUACAUGUGUGGGAUAGAAUAUAUUUUAUUUUAAUUGUUUAUGUUAUUCAUUGAAGAUGGUGGUGAAUGUUAUGUUUAUGACCAAAUAAAAAGCAAAACAUUACGAGCUCCUGUUGAGACUUU